AUGCGACGCGGAUUUUUGAAGACCCCCAGAGCGACCAAGGACGAUGGCAAGGGCAAGAAGGCGGCGGUAAACGCUGAUGAUAUCGAUGCCGCUGUGGACGUAAAGAACGAAAGUAAGAAAGAAGACAACAGCAACGAUGGACCAACCGACAUCGACAAGCUCCCGCUACACAACCCACAUUGCGUGCCCAAGGCAGUUCUGGAGCAGUACCAGACGAAUUUCGAGACGAAGACAACGCGGAUGAUAUUCAGAGAGUGGCCGCGCGACCCGAACGGGAAGACCGCCUUCAUGAAGGGCGAACAGCUCGGCAAGCAGACGCCAAACGGGCUCGUUUGGGGCAACACCCUCUACGACUUUUACUACUAUCGGCCGAUGCCAGAUGUGCCGAGCUACCUCGUGACGACUUCUGGCAGCCGGCUUGCAGACAAGAUGCGCCAGCUGGGCGAGGACUAUGCCACACACGAGCUGGAGUGGGCCGAUAGAGAGAAAGCACCCCAGCAAUUCGUCCUUCCAGACCAGAUUGCGCUUGACAUCACGUCGAGAGAGAGCCACGUGAGUCGAGAGCCUGGGGGAUAUAGCCCCAAAAUACGUUCAGUGCGCGGACCAGGGUCUGAGUUGGCGGAAGAGGUCCCAAUCGCUGGUGAUUCUAAGCCAAACGCGCAUGUCGACAUCUCCGACAUCAAGCCAGAAAACUACCCCGGUUUGUGGCCGCUUCUCCCCUUCUCUCGGGGCGCUGCAUACGGCGUCAAGUUAGAAACCCUGCUUCCGUACUCGCUUCUCCCCAAGAAACUUGUUGUUCAUGAUCCCUGGAACCUCCUUCAAGUUCGCCGCAGCGCCAGAACGAAGACAGACGAGACUGACUGGGCGAAAAUGACCGACAUCGUACACGAAUACGAGCUGAAGCCAAUCACCCCUGCCGGGAUGAAGAAAUGCAAGCAGCAGGAGGAGCAGUUCAAACAGCUGACAGACGACCACGACAUCUUGAUUUACCCCCUGGACAACGUUGCCACGGAGGAAUUGAAGGGCCUGCCGUUCAUACCACCCGUGCUGGUCAAAGUGCCGCGCUAUGAGCACAAAAGCGAGACUCCCGCGGCACAUUUGUACCUUUCGCCCAGCCACAGCGCCGGCACGGGCCACCACUCGGCGGUCUACCACGCGGAAUGGGAGCUUCCGCGCUCGCUGCUUGUCCCGGACCGUCUCUGCCGGGCCUGCAUUGAUGAUGAGGUGAAAGAGUUUAUGCAGAACGGAGACUUCUUCAAGUUGGCGCAAGAGGCGAUCGCAGCCGUGACAGAGGACUCUGAAGACAAGUUUGGGUAUGUGUUCAAGCACGAAGCGGUGCCUGCACUGGUGAUGGACGAAGGCGGGGUCCCGACAAGCAUAAUCGAGCCAAAGACAGACCGCACCCAUGGCUCGUACCACGGGCCGGUGGUGCCGAUGGAGACCAAAGUCACGUGGCAGACUCCGGGCCGCGGGGAAAACUGCCAGCAUAUCCUGCUGGCGACGAUGGCGUUCGACUCGCAGCGCGGGACCGCCGCGCCGCCAACGGCAGUGGUGAAUGUGUGUGCCAAGCUGUCGCUCGAGGGCGACGACCAUCUGGCACGUGAGGCCAAAGUCUACCAAGCGCUCCCUGCCCACCUGUCAGAGCAUUGGUCUGGCUACAACAUCGUGCGCCCCUCGCGCGAGCCCGUCCCCGUGGGCGCAGUUGUCCCCCAGUUCUACGGCUACUAUGUCCCCGCCAAGAAGCAGGAGCGCUACCUCAGCCCGAUCAUGCUUGUUGAGGAGUGCGGAAAACAGGUCGAUCCGAAUGUGCUGACUGCGGACCAGAAGAAAGAGGCGUGGUCGCUGUACUACCGCUUCAUGGACGCGGACUGGCUCCACCAGUCGGUGUACGACCGCAACAUCCUGACGCAAACGGGGCCGAUGAGUGUCCCCCAGGGCUGGAUGCGCGAGUUCGGGUCAGAGUGCAGUUUCCGGCUGAUCGACUUUGGCAGGUCGGUCUAUAUCGGGCCGAAAGCGCCGGAGGGCGAGGGCGAAGAAGACGUCUACAAGUCCCUUCGUGCGUCAGAAAGCUACGUCCAUAGCGACAUUCGCAACGAGAGAGAGAUGAUCGACAAUAUGCUCCAACAGGGACUCAAGUUUGCGUCGACGUCGUACCUCUAA